UGUAUGGGGACUCGAAUGUCAGUGACUGUAAUGGCGGAUGGAUCCAAAGGCGACGAAGGACGUAAAAACGGUUUAUAAAGAUCCUACUGUUUGUAAAGAUUUUGAAGUUUCCGGGAUUAAUAAUCAUUCGUAAUCAUGUAUAACCUAACGGGAGGAGCCUUGGAGAAAAUCAUGAACGGCAUUGACAUCGAGAAGCCGGUACUGCAAGUAUUGGGUCACAAGAAACUAACGAGUUCCAGCUGUGAUCGGUUCAGAUUGCUCGUAUCUGACGGUCAGAAAAUGAACUCGUUCACAAUGCUGGCCACUCAAUUGAAUUAUCUGAUAACGGAUAAUAUUUUAACUGAACACACAGUCUGCACAAUAUCCAAAUAUGCCUUGAGUUCAGUUAACAAUGGUGGAAAGGAAAAACGCGUGAUGGUGGUACUGGGCGUCGACGUGGUAGCUCCUGGCGAGCAGGUCGGAUACAAGAUAGGAAAUCCCACCAACAUCGAGAGCAAAGCAGACCCCGACUCCACGGCGAAACCCAAUACAUCUGCUGCUGUGCAGCCUCACACCAAUAGCGCAGCCAAAAAAGACACUUCAAAUAGUUAUUCUUCAUCCGAAAACAUACCCACUACACCAAUUGCGGCAUUGAGUCCAUAUCAGAACAGAUGGGUAAUCAAGGUUCGCGUGACGAGCAAAUCCCCGAUUAGGACGUGGAGUAACUCUCGCGGUGAAGGCAAGCUCUUCUCCAUGGAUCUGAUCGACGAAAGCGGUGAGAUUCGAUGCACUGCGUUCAGAGAUCAGUGCGACAAGUUCUACGACAUGAUAGAGGCCGGUAACGUGUACUACAUCUCGCGGUGCGCGUUGAAAGCGGCGAAAAAAGAGUACAGUACGUUGAAGAACAAUUACGAGAUGACGAUGAACACCGACACGGAGAUCGUGCCGUGCCACGAGGACAGCGACGACAUACCGACGCUGCAGUUCGACUUUUCUCCCAUCAGCCAAGUGGAGAACAAAGAGAAGAACGAUAUACUGGAUGUGUUGGGCGUCGUCACAACAUUCAGCGAUACGCAACAUAUCGUACAGCGGACUACCGGCAGAGAGCUCGUUAAGAGAGACGUCAAUAUCGUCGACGAUAGCGGCGUGAUGGUGACUGUCACGCUUUGGGGAAAACAAGCCGAAGAUUUCGACGGUUCUAAUAACCCGAUUAUAGCAAUCAAGGCAGCACGCGUGGGCGAGUUCAACGGCGGGAAAUCUUUGUCCCUUUUCACCUCGUCCGUGCUCGAGAAAGAUCCGGAUCUGCCGGAAGCGCACAGAUUGCGCGGAUGGUACACUGCUGGCGGUCAUUCGGAGACUGUCAAAUCUCUCUCCAGGGCGGGCGGCGGCGGCGGCGGCGGUGAUUUCAAUGCGCAGUUGUACACUUUCCAAGAAGUGACCGAUGCAAAAUUGGGAGAAAAAAUGAACCUACCCGAUUCGUACGCGGUGGUGGCGACGAUCAACACGAUUCGCGUGGAAAAUUCCAUUUACAAGGCGUGCCCCGUAGAGGGUUGCAAGAAGAAAUUAAUCGACCAAUCUACAGGAGUGUUUAGGUGCGAGAAGUGCAACAAGGAUUAUCCAAACUUCGUAUAUCGCCUGUUGGCGAGCAUGAACAUAGCGGACGCGACCGGUAGUCGCUGGAUAACCGCCUUCAACGAGGACGCCGAGAAGAUAUUUGGCAUGUCGGCGCAGGAAUUGGGAGAAUUGAAGGAGAACGAUAACGACGCCUACAUGCAGAAAUUCGGCGAGGCGAGCUUCAAGAGAUUCACGUUCAACUUGAGGGCGAGGUCCGAGGUCUUUCAGGAUGAAAUGAGAGUGAGACACACCUGCGUAUCAGUCGCGCCGCUGAAUUACAAGACGCACGUGGCGCAUCUCAUCGAGAAGAUCUCCAAGAUGGAGCACAUCGAGAAAGUGGACCUCAAUUAAUCGAGGAUUUCACACGUUUCGAUAAUGGGGGUUUACGUUGAAGAUCAAGUUGCACAAUAAUUUGAACGUUUCUUGUCAUUUCUACUUUCUUCUCCUUUAUUUAAUUUGUUUACUAGAAGUAUUUGUGGAAUAUUAUGAGUAUAGGAUACUUCGUUUCUUUCCUUUUUGUGCUCACAGCGCAUGUAAUUCGCAUAAUUCGCAUAAAAUAAAUUUCUAAUUUAUAUAUCCAA